AUGGGUCGAUCUGUUCGCCGAGCUUGGCAAUUGGCUUGCAAACGUUUCGCCCCCAGUCGAGGAGACAUCGACUGUUCGCCAAGCCCGGCGAACAGAUCAACUGCCAUCCGAUCAACCACCAGUAGAGCGAAUAUGCUCAAAGGUCUAAGACACAAUGUGGGCAAAGACAGCCUGGAAUACAACAUGUCAUAUCCAUGA